AUGGCGGACGUUUUGAUGAAUGGGUUUUGGAACCACAGGGAAUUGUAUAGCUCGUUGCAGAUAUGUUCUCAGGAAUACAUUUGCAAGGAGAGAGUAGAUGAAGGUAAAUUUUUUAAUAACACUUCACCAAUGAUAAGAUCUGCCCCGAUAGAGCGUUCAAUGCAAACAUACAGCGUACGCAACCGAAGCACCCACAUCUCUCCAUCUUUCAAGUGCCACAAUGUUACGGAACUAUCCUUGGUUUAGUCUUCGGGAAAUCAGAUCUGUGUUUAAUUGAGAUAAACGACGAUUCGUUAUUUAUAAUGAGUACAUUAAUUACAGAAUUUUGGAUUAUCUUUAUCUCGCGCGCACGUGGGAUGAAUGAAGCUGUUGAUCUGGUAUUGUCUCACUGUCACAUGUACAUGUCGCGUGCACGGCAUUGAAACAAAUAUGCAAACAAAUAAAUGAAAGGAACAACAAAGUUAGGGGUACCUAACGGUAAAACGUGUCCUGUUUGCCUUGUGCCGUAGAUGGAUCCGGUGAUUAAUUUCUAUUAGGAAAUUAAAAUGACUCUUGAAUGAGGAUCAUAUAGGAUUAGUUUUUCCUUAGAUCAGAGUACAUAUAAAUACUUCCAAAGGUGUUUUCUCAGAAAUAAAAGUUGAUCAAAGUUUCCUGAAAUUUCCCCUACCAAUCGCUGUCUAGGUAGGCCACCAGGCUUGUAAAAGAGUUGUGAUUGGCCAAAUCAAAAUAACCAGUAUGCAAGUAAAGUAUAGGUCUCUGGGAUUGUUUAAGAACACAAGGCCAUUGUACUUGUUGAGCUGAUCCAUUGAUUUAGGAGAAAUUGAUCCUAUCAAGUUAUCAAAAUGUACACAUGCCUAUUCACAACAUUUGUGUUGUUCUGUGAAUUACAGAGUUUGUAGUGAAUUGCCAUGGGGUCACCUUUGAAUAGGAAUCAAAUUAAUGAACUUCUUUUCAGCUGCAAGAUGUUCUACUGGUACCCCUCUUAUGAAAUUGCAGUAGUCUUAUGAGAGUUAGCAUCAAGCUUGUGAAAAUAUUGAUAUAUUCUACUUUUUUUUUUUUUUUAGAUGACAUAAAAGACACUAUCAGCAAGCUGAACUCUCUUGUCUUUAAAGCAAAGCUACCACAUCUCUGGUCAGAGGCUGCCAUCAUCAAGAGAGUUGUUUAUAGAAAUGGAAACCAGCACAGAAAGCAAUUCUAUUUCCAAGGAUUGAAAAGGGUACUAUCAUGAUUAAAUUGCACAUAUGAGAUAAAUACUUUCCAUUCCUGCAGUUAAGUUUUGUUCCUCAGCAAAACAGAACUUCUUUCACUUUUCUGUAUACAUUCUUAUUUACAGAUUGUUAAAAGUCUGAGCAGGCUGCGAGAAACAGAAAUUUAUAACAAGAUGAUUGAUUUAAGAAACACCUUUCCCAGGUAUACAGUAUAUCUACAACUUUUAAACAGAAUCCUGUAGAUUGUUUAAGCCAGCAUAUGUAGAGUGAAAUGCUAAAAAAAAACGUUCAGAAACAUGCUCUGUUUCCUCAUUAAAAUAAUCUCUCAUUACUAUUCUCAUCACUUGGAUAAUGUGUGGAUGGAUGGUGUAUGGAGAUGUUUCAUAUUUAAAAAAAACUUGCACAAGUUAAAGGUUUUAAUAAGCAGAAAAUGCAGGCGAAGUGUGAAGUUCUCUUUUCUUAUAGGCUUUCCAAGAAUGGGUUUUUUGUUAAACCACCAUCAACCCUUCCUUCUUUUGGAUCUGUUGUCAGUAUUCUUGGUUGUCUUGUUGGAGCAGCUCAGCUUACAUUUCAGGUGCCCUUUCUUUUCUGUCUUUUGCUGAAGAAUGCCAAAUGUGUUUGUAAGCCUUCUGGAUAUGUAAAGUCCCCUCAAAAUGUCUUUCGAAAAAAAAGUAUGAUGCAAAAUCCUUCAGCUGUUUUGACACAUUUAUUUUCCACCUGUAGGGGGCACAGGUGAUUAAUUUUUAUCCAUAUUGAUAUUAAUUCAUUGAUUUUUUCGGUUUUAUCAUCUGAGUUGAUAAAGAAAUGAAAAGUGGUCUCUGUUAAGAGAUUGUAAAGCUGAAGUUUCCAGCAUGAGCCCUCACAUUUGCCACGAGGAAGGGCUAAUUCCUUAGGAACUCCUUACAGAGGCCACUUCACACUAUCAACUCAUUUUAUAUGACCAAAUUGUGUUGCUUUACUCCCCCCCCCCCCCCACUAACACAGCCCUACAGGUUGUUUAGAAACCUACCCCCUUUAUCCCAUUGUUUACUCACAGUUAUCAUUUGAAUCACUGAUUUUGUGGCUCUGGUGACCAGCUGUGGCUAAAUUGUUUGACUAGCCAAAAUAUUAGUAAUUGUUAUUGUUUAAAUUUUUUGUUGUUGAAUUUUCCACAGAUAUUGUCUUUAUGCCAACAGACAUUUCUAUAUCCUUUCUUCCACUACUUUAUUAGAUAGUAGAACGUUAUGAAAUCCUUUUACAACAAGAACUCAUUUAUGAUGAAUGAUAAUGACUGGUCUGCCUGAAUUGUUGUUGGUGCUUUUGUUGUUGUUUGAUGAAAGUAAAGUUGGAUUUAUGUGUUUAACAUGGUACACUAAAGAAUGCUUUGUGAAUUGGAUUUGUUAGCACAUUUGUAUCUUAAACAGCUACAGAUUCAGUGUAGGUUCUGGAUAUAGAUUGUCAGGAAUAUCUGUAAAAUGUACGAACAUGUAUGUUGACCCUUAAGAGUGACUGAAGUCUUAUUUCUCCUCACUCCCCUGAAUUGCACAUUAAGGUCACAAGGAUAAUAGAAAUGAUUACCACCUAAAGAAGCUCUUGAUUGUUAAACAAAUUCUCCUUGAAGAAUAUGAAGAAUAUGCAAACUGAUGUUUGUGUGUAGAAUGUUAAAAAAUGAUAAAAGUGAAGGUAGUAGGAAAGUGUUUAACCCUUUAACUCCUAAGAUCUUGACUGUCAAUUCUCUCUUCUUGCUGCUACUCAAUUCCUUGCAAACUAGUUACGAGAAUUUGUUGUAAGAUCAAGAUAAAAACUUCUUGUUGAUGUGUAAGUAUUCUCAUCAACUGUUUGCUAGAAAACAUAUGGAUGUCACAGGCAGAAGUUACAUGUUAGUCACUUCUGGGAGUUAAAGGGUUGAAUGGUCCUCUCCAGAAUCAAGAAAUAUGGGGAGUUGUGUAAGGAAGUGCAGUUUGCUAAGAGCAAUUCCAAAAGAGAACAUUGUUAAACUUACACUUUGUGUAAAGAGGGGGGUGAUGGAAUCCAUAAGAUCCAACCCUUAACUGUUGUUAGGUAUUCUUGCGCGGAGUUGACCAAAGGUUUUUUUGUAACUUUCCACUUGACGUGUGUUUCAAGUUUAAGUAGGGUGUGGUGAGUAUCCAUUUGUCUUGAUCGCAAGAAGGUACUAAUAGCAUUGUUUACAGUAUUGCAAUUUGCAUUUUUUUACAAAAUCCCUAGGUGCAUUUUUUCCUCGAUUGAUUUUAGGUCAAGGUAAACAGUCUGAAAAAAAAGUUAUUUUUCUGUCAUUUGGCGCAAAGGUUUUUGAUAAAGAGGUCUAAGAGCAGACAACAGAGGCAAGAAAUGGCGAGAAGUUAAACACAUAUUUUAUUACAACUUAAAUAUAUAUUUGUUACAACUUAAAAAGUGUAAGCAAUAAUGUGAAAACAGAAGUAUCUUUGCGCUUAGGAGACAUUUUGUGGGUCCGUUUAAGGAUACGGGGAAAUAUAUGCUAGGUCCGCAUUAGAGUAGCUGUAGAAGCGUUUGUAAAUCUAUCUGAUUUCUGAUCUCUUCUUUUAGGGUCUUUUUAAAAGAUUUUAUGCACUCCUUAUCACAGUGUUACGACGUUCUGUUCCCAUGGAUUAGUCUCUUAGAAAAUACGAAGACGGUGAGAAUUAGAACGUGGGAAGUGGCCCACCACAUAGGGUACUAGAUUUUACCCUCAGACUGUCAAAGUGAAAGGCAACUUGAAAUACUAGAUGUUUCCAUUUUUCUGCACGAGACGAAUCUGAAUGUCGAGGACUAAUGCUCUUAACACCUGUUUCUUGAAAUUAGCGGUAAAUUUACGAGCCUGAAGCCAUAUUUAAAUCACUAUUUAAGGGAAUAAUAGUGGGUGUCUCAGCUAAGAAAAAGCACUGGCUUUUGUUUUUUUAUUGCAUGUUUGAGUCUCAAACCUAUCAAUAUCUCGAUCUUGAAUGCAAACAGGUUUCUUAAAAAUCACCCUUUCGCGCCUGUAAAAUUACUAAGACUUUCGAGGAAACGUUCACUCGAGUACGAAAAAUCUCGUAGCUGCAGAAAUCUCCCAAUUCUUCACUUUUCUGAUUUACCUCUUCUAAGUGAUUGGCUGAAGGGUUGUAGUUGUUCUCCCUCGACAAAUUUCAUAAAAGUAAGGCGAGUGAAAAUAGAUCAGUAGAAGAGAUCAGACUGCAUUUUAUGAGAGAAUCUCAAAAUAAUUUUACCUAUAUCUUGUACUUAUAGGAGACUACCAUUAGUCCUACCUUUUUGGUGGAUUCCGUCGCGCGAGUCGAAAGAAAUGUAACCAAAAAGAAAAAAAAUUGAUGCUAGGACGCUGCGCUGAACUCUGGGAGUGAGUACUUUUCGUGCGCUUCACUCCCAGAGUUCAGCACGGCGCGAUAACAUCACUCUCUUUUUUUCGCUAAUCUUUUUUUUGACUUAUUCUUUAGAAUUAGCUAAGAGGGAGGGAUUGUUCGUGGUCUAUACUGAAAAAGGCAUGAAACUUUUCAUUGUCAGGAAGAAAGUCCUGAGGCAAAAGAUCUUCCGAACAGUCUCAAAAUAUGGCCUCACCCACUGGAAGGUGAACGCCCCAAUCAAAAGCUGAACAGGUGCAGUUGCUGUUGUUGUAUUUAGUGCAUUUUUUUUUCUUUCAGGUAUAGAAAGGUAAAAACUAAAUGAUACGUCCACAGGUGGUAACCAUUCGGCCAAAUAGAGUUUGCAAAUACAUGACUUUUUUCUGUUUUUUUUUUCCUGUUCCCGUACAGCACAUCUAGGACUCCACCUGCGAAGUCGUCAACACCUGGAGCUCUGGAUAAAUUGUUUGGAUCAACACCAAGAGGUCAUCUUCAAGGUAACAGUUACAGUGAGUAUCAGAAAACUAUGAACAAUCACGAUAUAAUUCAAGACGUACGGGGAAGCUUCAAAUCCGGAGCUAGUUACCAUUUCUGUUUGCUGUUUAGUUUUCUCGCGCCUGAUUGGCACUUUCCCUGGAACAAAAUAACAUUCUGCCGUUCAUGGUUUUCUGAGUUCUACAAUCCGGUCAAAGAGUCCAAGUAACCGUCGUCGUUACUGAACAUUUUCUUACAAAUUAGGUUUUUAAAAAAAAGGUAAGGUUAAGUCUAUACACAAGCCAAGUGGUUCGUAAGGUGCCAGAGUUCAUUGCGGCCUUCGUGUAAUGAAGCGACUAAGAGUAUUACUAUCCUUCCCCCCCCUUGGAUAGGAUGUUGGUUCAUCGCAGGUUCCCCACACCACUCCCCUCCCCUCACCUUGCUGUCAGGCUUCCCGAAAAUUUUCUGUUACUCAUCUAUACUCUUGGGCGGAGAGAGACACUAUGUCUUUUUCAAGAACACAACAUAAGACAGUGACCCGGUUAGGUCUCGAACCCAGACCUCCACUGCUCUAACUGUUGGACCUCCAUGUUCUCAAUAUAGACUAGGUAAAAGAACUAUAAAAGUUCUAUAAUGAAGAUGACACCUUACUGCUGAUAAGUUUUUCUAUUCUCUGUAUAAUGUAUUGAAACUGUGGGGAGAAGUUGCCUGUUAAUCAUUAUUGCAAAUUAAAGUGUUAUGAAAUAAAUUGGUUUUUGAGCGUCCAGUUCACUGCACGACACUCUCUUCUUUCAAAGUGUUUAUACACUUCAGCUGAAAGAUUUAUUUUUUGAAGAAAUGUUAACAUAUGUACAAUUUCCUUUAGACUCUUCAUCCAGGAUCUCCGAAACAAUUGUCGAUUCGUUGACAAAAUCACCAGUUGACUUUGGGGAGUCGUACGUUCCUGACGAAAUCACCAAAUCACUGAAGGUACAGUUCAGUACAUGCAUCGGUUGCAAAUGAGCUUUGGUAGCCGGCAGACCAGUUAAAACUCUGUUGAUUGUGUCGUAGUACCCUUUUAUUUUCUUUUGCUCGGAGGUCUUUUCGAUGGCGAAUCCAGUUUUGAAGAGCUUUGCAGUGCUUAUCGGGUUCAGCUAUCCUUUCCUUACUCGUUAGGCCGCGAAUGGCGUUUAAUGUAAGGGGCACCAUACACGCAAACAAUUCUUUAUGUAGGAGAGUGGGGCAUAUUGAAUUGAAGGAGGCUAACUCUCAGUUAACGUAAAAUUCUCUAGUUUGACGGUUAUUUUGUGAGUGCACGGUGUGCGUGCGUGUUUCUUUUCUCUUUUUUACUUUUUCUUUAUUUCUUUUUCUUUUUUUUCGUUUGCCUUUUUGACUCAGUUGAGACCCCCUUUUGUUAAUCGCUUGAUCUUGUAAAUGGAGAAGUCAUUUCAAAGCGGUAAAAAAUCGAGAGUAAAUUCUGAUUCACUCCAAUAUAUUUUAAAUUCCAUUAGCAACGAAAAGCGUCAACGAUAGAUGAGGAUUUCCAGCCUAAAAGAAAAUUAUUUAGUGAAAAUCCUGAAGAGCUGAAAAGGGAAUCGACAGCAAAGUUAGACUCUAAAAAGGAAGGAGCAGAGAUGAUAGCCAGUGAGGUUUCCAAUACACGAACAAGGAUCAAGGAGAAGUUAAAAAGGCCUCUUCAAAGAGCCGGGCUUCGAAGACGCUCAUAUUCAAAGACGUGUUUAUUUGGAAAUAAAACUUGGAAACAAGCCGUAGAGAGGGCGAAGCGAAGGAAGUUAGCGAAACGUGGUCGGAAGGCUAAGGGGAACGUGACAGGAUCAAGCACAGGUGCGGCAGGAGGGAAUGAAGGAAGAAAAAUAAAGAAACAAGAGAGAAAGAGUGGAAAAGAUGACACAAGUUUAAAAGUGGAUAUUACAAAAGAACACAGCAAGGAUGGAACUGUUAAAGAGGCGAAAAUGAAAGCAAAAACGGUGAGGAAACGGAGACAUCGAAGGAAAAUCAAGAGCCACAUGGAGGGGUCAAGCAAAGGGGUCUCAAGGGAAAAAGAUGGAAAUAAAAUGAAAAAGCGACAGAAACAUAGUGGAAAAGAUGGCACCAUUUUAAAAACGGAGACCACAAAGGAACACAGCAAGGAUGGAACUGUUAACGAAGCGAAAACGAAAACGUUGAGGAAACGGAGACAGGGAAGCAAAAUCAAGGAUGGCACUCUUGCGAAAAAAAGAAGAAAAGAAGCUUACAAUGAUGGAGGAAGAGAAUUAUUAAACCGAAGAAGGAAAAAGAAUAUAGCUGCAAGGCAAGAUGCAGUUCAAAAGAUUACAAGGAAAGGCAAAAAAAGUCGCGAUGAAAUGGGAAAGAAAGGGAAACAGAAAAAAAUUGGCGAAGAUGAAUUUGCUAUGGAGAAGCCAAGAAUUCAAGGCCAUAAUAUAGACUCGAAAGGAGUGGAAGAGACGCUGAACCUCGGAACAAGCUAUCACGCAACAGAGGCGGGAGAGAACAAGAACAACAACAAAACCUACGGUAGAAAUAAAACACUUACACUGGAAAAAAGAAAGAGAAAAACUGGAAAACACGACACAAAACAAGAAAUGGAGACCAAACAAAAUGCGAUACUUGAAGGGAGAAAACGCAGAAGAAAAGGAACAGCAGAACAUGCAGAUUAUAUGAAUGACAUUGACCAGAUUUUUAGCGUUUUGAGUGAUUAAAUAAUCGACGCUUUUUGGCCCAACAAAAUUCGUUUGCUUUAUGUACGGC